AUGGAUUAUAAUAAAAUUAAUAAUACAUCAUGUAAUUAUUUUAAUGAUCUCUAGCAAACAUAUUUAAUGAAUCUCAAUUUGAUUAAUCAAGACAAGAGGAUGUAUUUAGCUAUAUUAUUUUUAAGGUUGUUAAUUUUUUAAGAGAGCCAAGAACAAACAAAAAAUUAUCUUACUAGUACCCAGUUGUCUAAGAAGCCACUUCAUAUUGGGAUCAAUUAUUAGCUGGAAGAUUAGAUUCAAUCUCCUUAAUCCCUACAACAAAAUGUGCUGUUUUCACUUUGUUCUUAAUAUCAUUUUAUAUGGGUUUAUUUGGAUUGAUUUUGUUUGGAGUCUCUACAAAUAUUUAAGAAGUUAGAAUUCCUUAUGNAAUAGGCUGA